GGAUGAUCAGCUAUGCUAGUACUCAAUCGCCUAAUGGAUCCACAAUAGGUACUCUUUAUCGAUGGAAACAAAUAGAUUAUCAAUAUCCUUCUCCAGCUCAGAGACAGGAAGCUAUUGAUGCGGGUGAAUUUAUUCAAGCCAAUGUGAUACCUUUGGGCAUUGAGCGUUGGAAAGGACGAGUAUUUAUAAGCACCCCACGAUGGAAAAGCGGGGUACCAGCAACACUAUCAAGUGUACCAGUAUCAUCACAAUCAGAAUCACCAGAACUAGCCCCAUAUCCCAAUUGGGACUGGCACAAUGCAGUAAAUUGUACUGGAUUUACCUCGAUUUUCCGUAUGAGCGUGGACCAUUGCGGCAUUAUGUGGGUUUUAGACUCCGGUCAAGUCGAGGCUUUUGAAACACCGCGUCAAUUAUGCCCGCCGACAUUAUUUGCCAUAGAUCUAGAGACCGACACUGUAGUUGCAAAAUAUCCAAUACCGAGUGAAUUCGUUCUUCAAAAUUCCUUAAUCACAAACCUCAUUGUAGACUCUCGUGAUGCGCGGUGUAGAGAUUUACAUGUGUACAUUGCAGACGCUUGGCGUUUUGGUUUAAUUGUGUUCAGAGAUUCAGACGCAGCUUUUUGGAGAUUCAGCCACUACAGCUUUUACCCUGAGCCGUUACUUUCCAAUUAUACGUUACACGGGUUAAAUUAUCAAUGGUCUGAUGGAUUGUUCGGUAUGUCACUGGGCAAGUACCAUUUAGGUGAUCGCCCACUGUACUACCACUCGAUGUCCGGCUCUCUUGAGUUCACAGUAGCAACAUCUGUCAUACGUGAUCCAUCUCGAGUUGAUAAUGCUGUAAGCGAAUUUACACUUCUUGGCGAAAGUCGAGGAGGUGAUGGUCAAGUAUCAGCCGCAGCUGUCGACCGCAACGGUGUCAUGUUCUUUAACCUCAUUUCCAGAGAUGCUAUUGGUUGUUGGGACACUCGCAAUCCUUAUACUAAUGAUAAUCUAGCUAUAGUGGCACAAAACAAUAGAACAAUGAUAUUCCCUAACGAUUUACGAAUGGAUCAUGAGGUGCCUCAAUUAGCUUGGGUAAUAACGAACAGAUUGCCAUUUUAUCAGUUUAAUUUAAUAGAUCCACUUGAUUACAAUUAUAGAGUUAUAUAUUUCGACCCUGCGGAAGUCGUAGAAAAAACAGUAUGCAAGCAAUACAUUUGAAAAACAAAUUAUUCAUAAAUUUAAAUUUGUUGUUACGCUGUUUUUAAUUAUUACGCCUAUUAAAUUGUAAGAAAAGUUUGUGUUUUAUUUUGAAUUAUUUAAAGAUACUAUGCUAGGUGUUUUAUCUUUUUUAUCGACAUCUUUUGCAUCAUCCACUUCGGUAUCUUGAGAUUCUGUUAAUCUUACAUCAUUGAAUUUCUUAGCAAUCGCCUUAAGAUUACCAACUGACUCUAUUGAUUCAUCACUAUUCCUAAUUGUUUCUUCGUUCGUCUCUAUUGGAAUAUCAAUGCUGCGCAUUCUACAUAAUUUAUGGCAGCAUUUUGGUUUUUCUUGUGGUAUUGUCAGAUCUCUAUCGAUUCGCUGCGUGCUAAUAUUAUUUUCGUAAGAAUAUUGUUUUGGACUAAAACUUUGUUCCAUCGUAUCAAAACUAUCAAAGGUUUCCAAAUUUGAACGUUUACAUUCGCUGUUGUUGGAACUAGACACAAGGGCGCUAUUAAGAUUCUGAGUAUUGUGUGGAGUUUGAUCAUGUGAUGGUUUUUUCAUGAAUAUCUUCGGGUAUUCUUUUAAGUAAGAAGCUGUACUGCCUUUAAUACUUCCUAAAUAUGAAGAAUUAUCCAUAAUAUCAGUUGUAAUGGCUGCACAAUGUAAAGCAUCUUGUCUAUAUGAAAAAUUUGAUGUCUUUAAUAUAAGACUUUGAGAAUUCAUAGAAUCUGUGCCUUCCUUUUUUAAGUAAUCACUAACCCGUAAAGACAUUAAAACGAAUUGUUCGAGUAUACGAUCUGUAUCUCGGGGUAUUACAAUUUCAUUUAUACACCAAUCUUCAUAUGAACCUGCAUCGGAUAAUCUCUUUGUUGUCUCCAAUUGACCUUGUAUAACGUUAAUAAUUUUGUCAUUACUGUCAGCUAUACUGGUAUCUGUGGAAUGGACCAUACGCGAUAUGUGUUCAUUUCUUUGAAUGAAACCGAUUUCAUCGUUUGAUGAUACAGUUUGCUCCCCAUAA